ACAAAAAUGGCGGCGCCCAUGUUACAAUGGAGACUGUUGUCGGUGACUAAUUCAGUCUAAAUAUAAAACGAUUAUUUAAUCGAUUGUUGAUAUUGUUACUCAUUAUAAAGCCUACAUGAUAAAGUCUUCUAGUUCAGCGGGUCCAUCAUCCUCUUCUCACCAGAUGAAGGAAAACAACCACCCCUCCAGUGGUCAGGCCUUCCUUGACCAUAUCAAGCCAUGCUGGUACUGGGACAAGAAGGACCUGGCCCACACCCCGUCCCAGUCUGAGGGCCUGGACCCAGCCACAGAGGCCCGGUACCGCAGGGAGGGGGCCCGGUUCAUCUUCGAUGUGGGGACCAGACUCGGACUACAUUAUGACACCUUGGCAACAGGUAUCAUCUACUUCCACCGCUUCUACAUGUUUCACUCUUUCAAACAGUUCCCCAGAUAUGUGACUGGUGCGUGUUGUCUCUUCUUGGCUGGGAAAGUGGAGGAGACUCCUAAGAAAUGUAAAGACAUCAUCAAGACGGCUCGCAGCUUACUGAACGACGUACAGUUUGCCCAGUUUGGAGACGACCCAAAGGAUUUUCGCCAUCAACAGGAAGAGGUUAUGGUUCUAGAGAGGAUCCUGCUACAGACGAUCAAGUUUGACCUGCAAGUGGAACAUCCUUACAUGUUCCUGCUGCGCUACGCCAAACAGCUCAAAGGUGACAAAACCAAAGUUCAGAAGCUGGUGCAGAUGGCCUGGACCUUCGUCAACGACAGUCUGUGCACCAUGCUGUCCCUGCAGUGGGAACCAGAGAUCAUAGCUGUAGCAGUCAUGUACCUGGCUGGACGGCUGUGUAAGUUUGACCUCCAGGAGUGGACGUCCAAGCAGUCGUCACGGCGAUGGUGGGAGCAGUUUGUCCAGGACGUCCCAGUGGAGCUGCUGGAAGACAUCUGUCAUCAGAUCCUGGACUUGUACUCCCAGGGGAAGACCCCCAUCCCCUCGGGUCUGGAGAGGAGACCAAGCAGAGAGGACCCCCAGCCCCCUGGCCCAGCCCCCCCACAGCCUCCAGGGGGUGUCCCACUACCCCCUCCACCCAAGAGGAUCUCCCCCCAAGGCAGCCCCCCACGCCAUCUGAAACGCUCACAUACCUCUCCAAAAGAGGAACCUAAACCUCCAGAACAAGUGGGUUCUAAGAUUCCACGGCUGGAGAGCCCUAUGCCCCCCCUGCCCGCUUCACAACCGCUGCCUGAUCGUAAGGCUCCCCCAGUGCCUCCUGAAGCUGAGCCAGCCGCGGGUAGCGAGCCGUUCCCCCCCCCCUCUCACGCGCCACCCCCCCACCAGCCCCCUCCCCUGCCCCACCGCCCCCCUCCUCCUCCUCCCUCUAGUUACAUCAUGGGAAUGUCCACCUCUAGCUCCUACAUGUCAGGAGAAGGCUUCCAAAGCCUUCAGUCUAUAAUGAAGACAGGGGAACCAUCCUACCCCCCCAUGCCCCCCAACUAUGGUCCCCCCAUGCCCUAUCAUCCUCAUGUCUACCCCAACGCUCCACCCCCUGGCCCCCCACCCAGCGCCUACCCACCCCCCAACCUGCCCCCUCCCUCUCCGGCCUACCCUCCACCAGGCUACAACUACCCUGAGUACCCCCCUCCACGCAUGCCCCCAGGACACGGGGUGCCACCUCCGGGGAUGGGCAUGCCUCCUGGGGGGUACCCUCCACCGCCAGGCCAGCCCCAGGUGCCCCUGCCACCCCCUGGCAUGCCAAUGAACCGUGGGGGAUGGAUGAGAUGAAAGGAGGAGAGAGGGGAGGAUGAAAGAGUGACAACUAGAGGAAUGUCUGAAGCUAACAGUACACUUCCUGUUGUGCAUACCUUUAGCUGGGUCGUGUUCAUUAGUCACCAAAUGGAAGAAACUGACUACUGAGGGACUACCUGCACUUGUCCAAAUAGAAAUGCUAAUUUUCGUUUCUGUUGCAAAACUGUUUGGUACACUGUGUCCUAAUGAAUACAACCCUGGGGUCCACUGGAGAUGUCAACAAAGGAUUUUUACCUCAGAGAGCCAUGUCUGUUGUUCUACAUUGUCUUGGUUGCUUGUGGAAUCCCAGGCAUGUAAAGGUUACGACCCCUGGAACCUGUCCUGCCAUUCUGUAGAGAUUCUAUCAGUUCCACAUUCCAUGUGGUUCCUUUUGAGAAAGACGAGGCAGAUAAUAUUGAAGUCUUAACAUGGUUGAACAUAUUUUGAGACGCACUGAAAGGAAAUACAAUUUAUAUUUAGACGGAAGGUUCGAAUGAUGCAAUAAAACCUGCUUGUUUUUGCUUUGAUUUUUAGUUGGCAUCGAAAAAGGUUAUGUUCAGUGCUGUGAUAACUUGUGUAUAUGUGUGGAGAACAAGUUGGGUUGAUCGCAGAAAAUACCAAACACAUUUUUUUGUCUUUUUAUUUAGCUGUGUGAAUGUUGGUUGGUCUGUAAGACGUAUUGGACUGGAUGUAACAUGUGUUAUAUCAGGAAUAGCACUUCCACUGUUACGGUCAUGAGCUGAAAGACAUCGGUAACCCAUAUCUGGCUGAACAGUCGGUGGAAAGGACCCUGGACAGGCAGGAGUGUAUUUGUACAUGAUUAAGUUACUAGCUCUAGACAGCUCAUAUCCUUAGUUAAUCAGGCUUUACUUUAAGACAAUUGUGUUCUCCCACACUUGCUUUUGUCUCACAGGCACUCGGGAUAAUAAAAUAAAAAGUAUAAACUAG